AUGUUUUGGUUUGCAUUCACAACGGCCCCAAAAAUUUCGAAUAUCGUGUUCGAUAAGGAUUCCUUCUACCGACGAAUAAAACGCCAACUGGAAGGAGCCAGAGUUUUCCCAUGCCAACUGAAAGGAACCAGAGUUUUCAUUGCAGAAGACGGAUUGCAUUCUGACGGCGGUCGGCGUAGCCGAGUAAACCAUUACAACAAAUCCACCUCGCUGCAGUCCUGGCUGCUGGCAUACGAGCUGACCGAUACGAUUACGGUGCUGUGCGAAAAGUCCAUCUUUGUCCUGACCAACAAGAAGAAGAUCUACUUCUUAAAGCAGAUCGAUAAGAACGGUGAGGAGGGCAUUCCAUCGGUUGAGCUGCUCGUUUGGGGUAAGAACGACAAAGACAAGGCCAAUUUUGAUAAGCUGCUGGAAGCGAUCAAGAGAUCCAAGAAUUGCAAAACGUUGGGCGUCUUCUCCAAGGAGGACUUCUCGGGUGAAUUAUGUGAAUCGUGGCGAGUCUUAGUCAAGGACAAGAGGUUCAACACGGUGGACCUCAGCGUCCCAAUCGGGUACAUUAUGUGUUCUAAGGAGGACUCCGAGGUCAACACUGCUGAUGCUGAUAAGAAAGUAAAACAUGCCAAACUGUCGGAGGGUGUCGAGCAGGCUUUGACGGACAAAAGGUACGUCUCCAAUACCAACUAUUUGGACAUGUGCUACCCGGCGAUUAUCCAAUCGGGUGGCAAUUACAGCUUGAAGUUCAGUGCAUUCAGCGACAAGAACUAUCUGCACUUCGCAUCGAUCAUCUGUGCUCUGGGAGUGCGUUACAAAUCCUACUACUCCAAUGUCGUCCGAACGUUGCUGGUCAAUCCUACGGAAACGAUUCACAAGCACUACACCGUUCUGCUCAAUCUGGAAGAGGAACUGCUGAAGGUGAUGAUUCCAGGCAAGAAUCUCUCGGAGGUUUUCAACGUCGGAAUGGAUUAUGCCAAGAAGGAGGAUCCAAGCUAA